CGAGUUCCCUCUUUACAAACUAUAAAACCUGGUCCUUAUUUACUAACAAAUAUCUACACCCAUGCUUUGUUUGAUUUUUUCCUCAAUGGGAUCACUGGGAAACUCAUAGAAUAAAAAGUGCUAUCCUUGGGUUUUCUUUUGGAGAAUCAUGACUCUGGACUCCAUAAUGGCGUGUUGCCUCAGCGAAGAGGCUAAAGAAGCGAGGCGGAUCAACGACGAAAUAGAGAGACAGCUUCGUCGGGACAAGAAAGACUCCCGUCGGGAGCUCAAGCUACUGCUACUCGGGACUGGAGAGAGUGGGAAGAGCACCUUCAUCAAACAGAUGAAAAUCAUUCAUGGCACAGGGUACUCAGAAGAGGACAAGAAAGGCUUCACUAAGCUGGUCUACCAGAACAUCUUCACAUCUGUCCAGGCCAUGAUCCGAGCCAUGGAUACUCUCCAGAUCCCCUACAAAUAUGAACACAACAAGGGCAAUGCAAAUAUCGUCCGAGAAGUGGACGUAGAGAAGGUAACAACGUUUGUCAACCCUUACGUAGACGCCAUCAAGAGUUUAUGGAAUGACCCAGGAAUCCAGGAAUGUUAUGACCGAAGGAGAGAGUACCAGCUCUCAGACUCUACCAAAUACUACCUGAAUGCACUGGAUCGUAUAGCUGACUCUGCGUACGUACCCACUCAGCAAGACGUACUCAGAGUCAGGGUCCCCACCACGGGUAUCAUUGAAUAUACCUUUGACCUUCAGAGUGUCAUUUUCAGAAUGGUGGAUGUGGGUGGACAGCGAUCAGAGAGGCGGAAAUGGAUCCACUGUUUUGAGAAUGUAACAUCCAUCAUGUUCUUGGUGGCUCUCAGUGAAUAUGAUCAAGUCUUGGUGGAAUCUGACAAUGAAAAUCGAAUGGAAGAAAGUAAAGCGUUAUUCCGGACGAUAAUCACAUACCCCUGGUUCCAGAACUCAUCUGUUAUUCUCUUUUUGAACAAGAAAGACCUCUUGGAGGAGAAGAUCAUGUUUUCACAUCUUGUAGAUUACUUCCCUGAGUAUGAUGGUCCACAAAGGGAUGCCCAAGCAGCGAGGGAAUUCAUCCUGAAGAUGUUUGUCGAUCUGAAUCCAGACAGUGACAAAAUCAUUUACUCUCACUUCACCUGUGCCACCGACACGGAAAACAUUCGUUUCGUCUUUGCUGCUGUCAAGGACACUAUCUUACAGCUCAACCUGAAGGAGUACAAUCUGGUCUGAAACGAUCCCAAAAUCUUUGAUGAAAGUAGAGAAUCAAACUGCAGCUGGCCACGGCUCUGUCAUAUUUACAGCCUGAACCUGGUCAAGUGCAUCUCCAGACCACCAACUAAACCAUAACUCAACCCGGUCUAAUGGCAUGUGCAGAUCCCUCAAUCAAAACCUGAUUACUCCACAAUAAGAAAUUCGGAGAGCGAUUCUUUUUCAGUGGACUUUGCUUUUGAUUAAUAAACUGUUCCCUAAUGCAGAAUUAUUUAUUUUGCACCUUGGAGCUUGUCCACAGGGUCCAUCUUGAAUUAUUCCAUUUCAAAGAAAAAAAAAAAUUGCGUUGAUGAACUUUUAUGAUCACAAGCGCAAAAAUGUUCUCAGAGGAGACGUGAGCUCAUUUUACAGACUUCGGAGUGUUCCUAAAGGGGGUUCUUCUGUCUCUGACUGGUUUUUUGGAAGAAUGUAUUCAUUCUCAGUUAAGUGCUCUGACCAUAACCGCCUUUCCUCUUUGGUCUUAGCACACGAUCAUCCUUCUGAAGAAUAAGACGUCAUGAGAAAGUUAUUUAAAUGUUGUCUGUAUUUUUGAAAUGCUUAAUCUAAUAUGGCAUUUUACUCCAAAAAUCAGCAGAAGACACCCUUUACAAAAAAAGACUAUACUUUGGUCUUAGGACACUGCUCUGCAUGUUCAUCAAAGGAACACACAUUUCUUGCCUGAAUAAUGAUGGCUACCGUAUAAUUUUCUUAGAUCAAUGGAUGAAGUGUUUUCAAAGUGCCACAUUUUUUUUUCGUUUGUUUUUAAAUAUGCUUCUCUUAUAUAUUGCCAAAUGCAUAUACACACACCACUAACAUGAGCUAAUCAUCCCCCAGCAUACAAUCUGCUUUGAAAACAACUUCAUAUAUUUCUUUGAAAGGCUAUUGGUUUGCUAUCUUUGUCACACAUGAAACAAAAAAAACAGUUCCACCUCACAAUGGUCCCGUCUUGUACCAGGCCUUUAUGCUUACCGGUAAUUACCACAUGGCUCCUGAGUAAUGUGCCAUUGGAUUAGGUGAAAAUUUUCCCAAUACAUCCCAAUGCCUUAGUUUAAGAAAACCUUUACUGCUGUACAUUUGGCCCACAAGGGGAUUCUUUACUAUUAGAUAAUUCUCAAACUCAGAAGUCUAGAAUUAAUGUUUUCAUGUUGUUGUGAUAUUCCUGUUCACCAGUAUUGGCCAGACCAUGAAGUUUCUUUAUUGUAAUCCACAUUGUCUCUCAUGUUAAAUCACAUUUAUUUGGAAAAAAAAAAAAGCAGGCAUUUCAUGAGAUUCCAUGUAGUGUGAAAGUUCAGUGAGGUUUAAAAGUUUAAGAUGACUGACAAGGAGAAUGGGAAAAGACUUGAACAGUCCUGUCACGUUAGUACAGUGCUUUGGUUGGCUUUUUUAAGUAUAUUAAUUUCUGCCCCAUAAAGUGCUUUUUGUUAGAGAAGGGAACAGUAUGGAUGGUAUAAGUAUAUGCCUCAUAGCAUAUUUAUUAUCAGAGGUUGGAAUUUUGGCAGAGAUUCUCACAUGUCCUAUGGACUUAAAGUAUUUAUUUUACAGAAAUUUAACCAAUCCCCCCCGGUAUAGAUUUCAAACCGUCCUAGCUUUCAUCUACCUGUAUAUUCCUUACCAUAGUGUUAGCCAAGUCAUCUGUAAAUGCCAAUGGAAACAUUUCAGUUUUCCUCUAAAAUAUGUUUGGAUCUCUGAGGUGUUGGCCUAUCUGUAUUGCCGGGGGGGUUGCCUCAUC